AUGAGGCAAGUGACACAUUUCUCACUUCUCCAGCUACCCCGGGUUCAGGUUGCGUCUGUAUUUUCAAAAUGUAGGUGGCACGGUGAGGCUUUGAGGGAGAGACGAAAACCGAAAAGACUCAAAAAGCGCCAAGACUAA